CUUUUUGCGCGCCUAACAUCGCGAGCCAAUCACAUUAAGGUUACUAAGCAGAGUCGGAGCAUCGUCCAAUGAAAACUCCCGUUUUUUCAGUCUCCUGGUAAGUUUCGACACAGCGGCCAAUGAAAUAUCCAGCCUGAGGGAAGAGACGCGGCGCUCUCAGCCAAUCAGAAAAAAGGACUCGGCGGAGGCUCCCGUGGCGGCGGUCCUGUACACCGGCGGGAAUGGCCGAGGACGUGCUGUAUGAAAGCAUUUCUACGAAGGAAGGACUGACGGCUGGAGACGUCCAGGAAGACACCGAGCCCAGCAAUCUCCUGCAGAAACUGCGCAACCGCAUCUCGAAAUCAGUUCAGAGUAAAGUGGACAGCAUCCUGGGCGACGUUCAGAAGUUGUCAGAUUAUGACAAACUGUACCUGUAUCUGCAGCUUCCACCAGGACCCAGCGGCCCAGAGAAAAGCCUGGACGUGAGCUCCGUGACCACCGCUGAACAUAUGCACGCGUGCACGUGGAUCCGCAAUCACCUGGAGGAACACACUGACACCUGCUUACCCAAACAGGACGUGUAUGACGCUUACAAGCGUUACUGUGACAACCUGUGCGGCAGACCCCUCAGUGUGGCCAACUUUGGGAAGAUUAUUCGAGAGAUAUUCCCUAAUAUCAAGGCCAGGAGGCUGGGAGGAAGAGGACAGUCCAAGUAUUGCUACAGCGGUCUGCGGAGGAAGAGUAUGGUGAGCAUGCCACCGCUACCCAGCCUGGACCUGAAGAUGACAGAAAGUUCGGAGCUGACGGACCUGGUCCAGUCGUACAAUAAUGACGUCAUCCACGCCUCCUGCGCCCUCAUCUGUAACUGGGCCGAGAAGAUCCUGAAGAGAUCUUUCAACAAUGUGGUGGAGGUCGCCCAGUUCCUCAUUCAGCAGCACAUCAUUAACCCCCGCAGUGCCAAUGCCGAGCUGGUCCUCUCCAUGGUGCUCUCAGACAAUUCUCAGAGCAGUGGGCAGAAGAUUCACAAACAGCCGCCAGAUGCAGCAGGGAGUAAGCGGCCGGGGUCUCCUGAUAGCGGAGCAGAAGUAACCUCUAAGAACAAGACUACAAACAACCUUCCCAGCAGCCCCCCACAGGUGAAGAAGCGCCCCCCAGAACCUCAGAAGCCGGCCAACAGUCCACAGGUUGAUGCCCUGGUGGCCCGUCUCCCAGUUCUCUUACCCCGACUUCCUACAGAAGAGAAGUAUAUCAGCUCCAGCCCCCCUGUCCGAUUUAACCCACCUGUGCUGGCACCAAAUCUAAUCCCAGGACAAUUGAAAGUGUCCCCCCUGCCUUUCACACACGGGAUGCCCCUUACAGUGACUGGAGUGAACGGCACAGGACUGGUCUCUCAGCCGGUGGCGCCCCCUGUCAUCAGCAUGAUUCUCCCUGACAUGACUAAUCUGGAAUCUCACGCUCUAAGCAAAACCAAGCAGAACGGCAGCAAAGACUUUGCAGCGGCAGGCAGCACGGCGGACAGUAAAGGAACCAAGCGCCCGGCGGCAGCAGCUGCUGGGAUGUCUACAGAGGAAGGACCGUCCAGGAGAAAGCGGGGUCGUCCAAGAAAGAUGGAUGCCUCUCCUGCCAAAUCAUCUAAUCAAGGAAACAUGGCUGCAGGGAGGGUCGUCAUGGACGGCACAAGGAAAGACAGUGAUAGGGAGGCCAGCGUGCUUCCCAGGCCCUUCAUCCCUGACAACCAGCUGAUAGUGUCUCACAGAACAGUAGACCCCAUGGAAGCUACAGCUGGGAGUGACACAAAGAUGGCUGCCGAGACUGUUCCAAACCAGGUCAGUGUCAUCCAAGAUGGCCGACAGAGCUUUGCUCAGUGGACUGUACGUCCCGGAGACAGCCAAAAGCAGCAGCAAGGUUCUGAUAAGGCCCCCACCAUUGGACAGACUGAAUGAAGUGAGGCCUGGAGACCCUAUAACCAGAUCGCCCCAAAAUGUCUGCAUAGCGGAGCUGUCACUGUUCCUGGAGCAGGAGAAGAGCCAUAAUGUCACAGCCAUGACAUCAUCCUAAUAUAUACACCGCCCCCACAGGAGCCGCGCAUCAAUGUUUGUAUCAUUUGUUAAUUGUUCACAAUGGUAAAAAGAGAUUUCUUACAAAUCGCCGCUCCUUCCGAUUAUUUCAUGUGUGCUGUAGGGAUGAGGGAGGCCUGUCCUCUCCAGAGCUCGUCAUUUCCAUCAGAUCACUGCCGCUCCUUCCGGUUAUUUCUUGUGUGUAGGGAUGAGCAAGGCCUGUCCUCUCCAGAGGUCGUCAUUUCCAUCA